AUGACUGAAGAUCCACAACCAGAGGAUUCUAUGGAACCAAGCGAAAUGACAAAUCUACAAACAGGACCAAUGGCUCCUAUAGUUAAGGCUGUUUAUGAUAAAGAACCAUUAUUAAUUGCACUCAGAAGUAACAGAAAAUUAUACGGUUACAUUAAAGCAGUUGAUAGGCACUGGAAUAUGAUUUUAGAACAUGUUAUUGAAAUUACUCCUACUCCUGCAAAGCCUGGUCAGCCAGCAGCAGCUCCAAUUCAAAGAAGAAUUAAUAGAUUGUUUUUGCGCGGUGAUAACGUUAUAUGCAUUUAUCCAAAUCCAAAGCCAAUCGAAAAUUCUGCAUAA